GCUGAGUUUCAUCGCUAUCUUCCGCCCCUCUGAGCAUACGUCACCGCGGCGGUGUCCGCAGCGCAGAAGGAGAGCAAUACUGCACACUCACGAGCCUGGACGGGGCGAGACGGCGAUCCCACAGUAGCCCUCAUCCAUCAUCGCUAUGGGAAUUAGCACAGCGUUCUUUUUGAACCAAGCCCUGAUCCCGUACUAUCUGAAACCGGUCCACCUUGAGACACGGACCAUAAAACACUGCAGUUGAGACUGUCGCUGCACCAGAGCUCGGCUCAGCUUCUACCCUCCAGUAAACUGUGGAGGAGGAGCAGUAUGAUGAUGAGAAACAUCUAGAGAUGAUAUAGUGUUUCUCCAGCAGACAACUUGAACAACGACGUUUUCUCGAGCCUCAUCUGUGUUGUGUGAUUUAGGACCAUGUCUGCCAUGUGUGUGUCCGCAGUGCUCUUAUGUACAGUGGUGUUUGACAUCUCAGCUCGGAAUUUGACCACAACCAGCCCAGGUGACCAGUCUCUCCUCUCCCCCCGCCACUAUCAACACACCGACCCCAACUCAGGCACCCAGCUGGUCUGUGACAAGUGCCCGGCAGGCACCUACGUCUCCGUACACUGCUCUCCAACAGCUGUGAGGGAGUGCAGCCGCUGCCCUCAAGACACCUUCACACGGGGUGAGAAUGGCAUGAUUAAAUGCCAUCCCUGUCGGGCUCUGUGUCCUGCAGGCUUCAUCGAGAAGGCAACCUGCACGCCCAUCCAGGACCGAGUCUGCACAUGUCCCCCCAACAGCUUUUUGUCUGGGGAUGGUGUUACAGAGUGUAAGCCGCACUCGCUGUGCCCUCCAGGGACCAGGGUGAAAAAGCGGGGCGGUGAAACAGAGGAUGUGCUCUGUAAGCCGUGCACCAAGGGGACUUUCUCAGAUAGGGAGUCCAGAGCGGUGAAGUGCCGAAUCCACACAGACUGCCAAGCGCAGGGGCUGGUGUUGCUCACACCAGGGACUAAAGAGACGGAUAAUGUCUGUGGACCACCUUCCACAGCCCUGUCUUCAUCUUUUUCUGUCUCCACAACAACCACAGGGCCUGCACAUGAUGUGCUUGUACAGGAACCCAUGCCUUCUUCAUGCUCGCCAUCAACAUCACAGACUAGACCUGCACAUCAAGGCACCUACCGCCAGUCGGCAGCCAUCCAGCUGAGGGAAAGCAGGGGUGGGGAAGACCACCAAGUAGAGGGGCUACUCCUCAGCUGGCUGGAAGCUUCCACCCCACCAAUUCGUGAUCCCCCUCGCACUCUGCUUCUCCCACCUCACAAGCAACUCAUGGACCUCCAGCACCAGCAGGGGCAACCCAACUCUGAACCUGUGCCAGACCCCAACAGGAGGGCUGCGGAGGGUCUGGAGGGUGCAGAAGUAGUCAGGGUUGGGACGGGUAUCAGUAAGGUAAGCGGGCAGGGGAGCGGAGGUGAUGGAAGUGGGGUGUCCAGCUACUAUAGGCCCACUCGCAGGGGGUCCCCAAGGCCGAGCACCCAUAAUCACUUUGACAUUAAUGAGCACCUUCCCUGGAUGAUCGUGCUGCUGCUCCUGCUGGUGCUGGUGGUGAUUGUGAUUUGCAGCGUGAAGCGCAGCUCUCGUGUGCUGAAGAAGGGCCCCAUACAGGACCCCAGCAGCAUCAUGGAAAAGGCAAUUCAGAAGAAACCAUCUGCGCCUCCAACACAGGUCAAAGAAAAGUGGAUCUACUACUCCAACGGACAGGGGGUGGAUAUCCUAAAGCUGGUGGCAGCCCAGGUGGGUAUCCACUGGAUAGACAUCUAUCAGUCGCUGGCCAACGCCACAGAGAGGGAGGUGGCCGCCUUCUCCAACGGUUACUCGUCAGAUCAUGAGCGGGCAUAUGCCGCGCUGCAGCACUGGACCAUUCGGGACAGCGAUGCCAACCUGGCCAAGCUGAUCAAUGGCCUGCACCGCCAGCGCCGCACUGACGUGGUGGAGAAGAUUCGCUGUGUGAUGGAGGACAACCCACAGUUUGACAUCAACCAGCUGAUGACCUCAGUGAAUGUAAGCCAAAGCCUCAGUCCCAUCCACAAGCCACUCGAGUCUCCCAGCAGCGUUGGCAGCAGUGGCAACAGUGGUGGGAGCAUGGGCGGGGCCAGCGGCACAGGCGUGGAGCAGUCGCCGGUGGACCGUACCAAAGGCUUCUUCUCUGAUGAAUCAGAGCCCCUGCUUCGCUGUGACUCCACCUCAAGCAAAGACUCGGCCCUCAGCAGGAACGGCUCCUUCAUUACCAAAGGUCGAGAGAGUAAAGAUGGCCACGGCUGCGUGAGCGUCUGUUGCAGACUUCAGACUGCUCUUCCAAUUUGGGCUAAUAAAACUGCUCUGAUCGUCCCAUCCACACUGACAGAGAAGAAAGACACUGUGCUCCGGCAGGUGCGUCUGGACCCGUGCGACCUGCAGCCCAUAUUUGAUGACAUGCUGCACAUCCUGAACCCGGAUGAGCUGCAUGUUAUCGAGGAGAUCCCAACAGCUGAGGACAAGCUGGACCAGCUGUUUGAGAUUGCUGGAGUCAAAAGUCAGGAUGCCAGCCAGACGCUGCUGGACUCAGUCUACAGCCACCUCCCUGACCUGUUAUAGUGGAGGAAGGAGGAGGAAACCACACAGAUGAAAAGUGGCACAGGACUAAGACAGAGAGUCUCAGUGGGAGGACAGAGUUAGAUCUAGUAUUGUACACUUUAAGCUUGGGUUGAUAUUUAAUCUGAUGGACUCAUCAUGUCACACUGUCACAUGAUUUGAGCCAAGUGUUGUAGUUUAGAUGAUUAUUUACUCCCACUAAUGACCCUUUUAACUCUUUACUGGUACAUCACUCCUCUUUGCCUGUCUUCAGUUGUCUUGUGUGCACACACUAUUACUCCUUCAGAACACUUUAAUCCUCCACCAUGAUACAGGGUAAAUGCUCAAUAUAGUUAAAGCAUUCUCAGUGUCAUACCAGGGAGUACCUUUUCAUUUUUCUUCCUUAUGUUCAACCAUAUGUGGUAUUAUGAAAGUAUUGUGAUCUUAACAAUGAGGCUUAAGAGCCUCCGUAUUUUGAAAAAGCUGGUUAAAACAGAAGGUGAAUACAUGGAAAACCAUUAAAAGCACUAUCUUUAUCUUACCUGGCCAAUGCCUUCACUUUUAAAGGGAAAUUCCUGGGUUUUUUGUGCCAAUCACCCAGGCUAUCCUUGCUUAUAACAUGAUUUCAGUGUUUCAAAAAUCUCAUUAUCAUCAUGGUUAUUGCUAAAUAAUCGUGGGAGAGGAAACUACACACAGACUGUAGUAAAUAAGCUAUGACUGUAAAGGACACUAGUAUUAUUCUUAGGGAUCUAAGCAGUUUAAGAUUCUUAUAAACUACAGUCAAAGAUACUUUACCCAGGAAUGAAUUGACCUGUAAAUCAUGUCCCUGAGCUGGUCCCUUUCCUCAGCUCCCUUUUCCUUCUUUCUUUCUUUCUUUCUUUCUUUCUUUCUUUCUUUCUUUCUUUCUUUCUUUCUUUCUUGCCAUCAACUCCAGACUUGGAGCAGGUCACUUGUGAGUCUUAGCAUUUUAUUUUAUAAGCAUUCUGCCAGAACAGCAGGGCAGAGUGUUAAAUAAGAGGGUUGACCUGCUGCUCUGGAACCAAAGCCAUAUAUCAAUAGUGCUGGAUUCAACAUCAAAACAAUCCAAUAUUACCAUACAGGAGAAAUAUUGAACCAAUCUAAUAUAUGGUAUAUGGCUUUGCCUUUGAACUGUUUGCUCCAAAACUAACAAUUAACUGAACAGCAAGGGGGCAGUGUUCACAGCCCCUGCCUGAUUCUCUGGAACCAAAGCAAUAUAUCUAAAACAGUUUAGAGACAUUGCUUUGGAACCUCUGCCACUGUUGGACUCAUGGACAGUAUAUAUUAAAUACUUGUACCAGUAUGCACAUUGAGAUCUCUGCUUGCUAGCCCUGUUUGCCUCAACAAAUGUAGCGUUAAUCAAGUGUUGUUGAUACUUUUUGGAGCUUCAUGUGGGUAUGGCGGGUGUUUGAGUGUUUCAGUAAUAUAGCAAAAAUAAUGGACUAUAAGUGAUUUUAUUAAUGCUUUGGCAUGUUUGCUACAUGCUCUGUGUAGUUGAUAAUAAAAUGUAAUAAUGAUACACUAAAUGUAUUUUCUAUUGAAGAGGCAGAGGCAGUUUUUCAUUUUCACUUUAUAUAAUUCUGAAAUGCUGUUAACUAACAUUUGUUAGACUUAUGCUACUGUAGCAUCUCCUUAUUAUCAUUUCAACUUCUUUGUACCUUAUGUUUUUAUGGGCAUUCAGAUGUAUUUACCCCACUUGGUGUGACAAGAUGGCCUGUCUGGGAUGUCAGAUAUGCAUACUCCAUACUCUACUUGAAGUCUGUAUACUUGUGUUACUUCAUUUGAAUGAGGAUGAAAUAAUACUCUUUACUUUCAAGUUCAACAUUCUUGGCAUAAUAAUAAAACUGAAAAGCACCACCAAAAAGUCAUCACCUUUUGGAGAGGAUUUUACAGACACCAUGAGAGCAGCAAAUAAUGGACUCUAUUUUUACCAACCAGUUACUAUCAAAGCCUCUGUGGUGCUAGAUGUGAAAUCUCACCAGUCAGCCUGACAUUGGGGGUCUAACCCAGGGCUAACGAGUAUUUCAAGUACUCCAAACUGAGUAAAGAAUACGGUUGUGCUGCUGGGGACUGUGGGAUGUUGACGAUGAUGAAGAUGAUGAUGAAAAGAAUAUGUGAGCUUGGUCUCCAUGAUGCUGUGGAGACUCUUACUGCAGGGUGUGAGCUUUUUAUUUUCUAAGGAGGUCUGACAGAAUGAAGGUGAGAUAUGAAACGCACGUGUGGCUUGAGUGGAUGUUUUCAUCCCAUUUUACGUGUGUAAACAGUAUGUUUACUACUUUGUAACCUCUUAAAAUCAACCAAUUAAAGCUCAAAGCAUUUGUCAUAACUGUGUGGCUAUAAAACCUGAACCAACUCUUUAUUUUGAUGUUUUUUAAUAAGUGUUAACAUUAAUAUCAACGUCAUAUGUGAUCUGUGGAGCCCCUGAGAGGACAUGGGGGAGAAAAAAAGAUGGAUUUUUAAAAAAAAAAUGAAGGGGGAGGAAAAAAUACAUAGGUUAAAAAAAAUGAUAAUAAUUAUAGCUACCGCCCAGCGAUAGGUCGGGUCCGGGCAUUUUUAGGCAAUUCUGAGCAACAAGCAGAAGAAUUGGAAGACAUUUAGGAAUUUAGCAACACAAUCUGCCUUUUGCAUCAGCUGAGGCUUGAACUCACAACCUCUGAGACUAAUUGGCAAGUAGCAACUCAACAGUGGCUUCACAAAUUGAGUAAGCCAUUCACUGUUCUGUAGGAAAGCAGCAAUCCGUGCAUGGAAAGGCAGAUUUCAAACCACUGUAAAAAAUUCAGUUAUUAAGACAAAAAUCUGAAAAUACACAUAUUGCAUCUAGACAGCAUGGAGAUGUUGGUAAUUUGUAACAAUGAUUGAUUUGCUCCAUAAGUAAAAAACUGAUGUUCAAAAUUACCAUUUUUACAUUGACUCCAAUUGUUCACAUUAGAGCAAAAUUCAAAAUGCUGUCAGAAAUUCAGUUUUUGAAAUAGAAUUCUGAAAUUUGCCACACAUCAUCUACCAUGACUCUAGAAUUUUGUCAUUUUUUUCAUGAACAUUGAAGAUUUGUUUAGCAAGAAUUUGCAUGUAUAUGUUUACAGUACCGUUUACAGUCAAACAUUUUGAUGCACUGUAGGCCCAAUUUUUGAUAAAUCAAAAAUCUGAGAAACAGUUUUUGUAGGAGAGUCUGAAGAUGCUCUGUAGCAAGUUUGGUGUCAAUUGAGCAAAAAUUGUGGGAGGAGAUAGGUUUAAGAAGUUUUACAGUUUUUGAAAAAAAAAAACAGAGUGAUGAACUUCACAAUUUUUAAUAGGUUUAAGUGUACAAAAGUUUCUUCAGUAUAGGGGCUACAGUUUGAAAAUUCAUAACAAAUCAACCAUACAUGCUACAACUUAACAACUUUCAUCAAAGUUUUGAACUUUAGAUGCUUGCUGUAGCACCACCAUCAGGACUAUUGGCUUGAGUUUACAGCUGAGGACAUCUGGCAUGAGACUGGACCUUUGUGCAAAGUUUGGUUUUCACCCAUGGGAAGUAUGAUUUCCUCAGAAGAACUAGGAUUACAAUGACCUAAUAAACUUUAUUUAUAUAGCACCUUUCAAAACAAUUACAAAGUGCUUUACAAAACCGAAAAAAGGCAAAGCAAAAACAGAAUACAGUUUUAGAAGAGUGGGAGGCAGGAGCGGGAUUUUUUUUUUUACUGAUGCCAGAGAGCAAGGAAACAAAGUGAUAACAAAGACAAUACAGGCAACUAAACUACCCUACAGAUAACUUUUAUUUAAAAUAACAUUAUGUCUUAUUAUAAUGUAUUAUAAACACUUUAGCAAUUCACCAACCAAAAACACCAAAGAACAAAUUAAGUCAAAAUGUCAAAACCAAAAAUACCAGUGCCCCCCAUGAUGUGGCAGGCAUCUCAAUCAAUCAAUUUCAAUCAAUCAAUUUUAUUUAUAAAGCCCAAUAUCACAAAUCACAAUUUGCCUCACAGGGCUUUACAGCAUCGCAUCCCUCUGUCCUUAGGACCCUCACAGCGGAUAAGGAAGAACGCCCCCAGAAAAAUCCUUUAACGGGGGAAAAAAAUGGUUGAAACCUCAGGAAGAGCAACUGAGGAGGGAUCCCUCUUCCAGGAUGGACAGACGUGCAAUAGAUGUCGUACAGAACAGAUCAACAUACUAAAUUAACAGUAAUCCGCAUGACACAAUGAGACAGAGAGAUGCAAGACGGACAGUAAUGACAGUGGCUUACAACAACAUUAAUGAAAGUAAUGAUAUUAUAAUUACGGCUAUUGUGGUACAAUAUGUUGAAAGUAUAUAUUAAUAUCUGAUAGUAUUCAUGUGUGCCAAUAAUCAUAUGUAUAUAAUAACAGUAGAAGUAUGACUAAUGAUAACAGCAGCAGGAGGCAUCAGGCAGGACCAUGGCAGCGGCACAACCACACACAUCACACUAUCCAGGCACUGCUGCGAUACAAGCACCUGGUACAUUUUGUUUGGCCUCUCCAUGUAUACAGUAUAGAUUUUAAUAAUACCUAGAUACUGGAUGACAAGAUGGCACUUGUACAUUCAAAUAGAGCUUCUAGCUACCAGUUUUACCUCUGUAUAUGGCCCACUAAAAAUUGGCAGCAAGGCUGAGCAGCUCUCUUGAGGGGCUAGUAUACAGUGGUGCAGGGAUGACGUGUUUUUGUUUUUUUGUAGGCGGACGUGGAAGUUAGUGUCGCCCGUGGCCCUCAUUAAAAAGCCAACGGGAUUUUAUCAAUCAGAUUUGAGAUUACUGCAGACUAUAAGGUAUGUGGCAAACAAAAGUUCAUGAUACUUACAUGUUUUUAUUUAUUUUUUUUUUGAAAAAGGCAAUCCUCACACAUCACAACCACUUUUGUGUUUUUUGCAGCGUAAAUGUAAUCACCAGAAGUAAAAAGCUCUGUAGUCAAAAUUUACGAGUGGGGUAUUUACCAGUGGUCAUUUCUUAAUGAUAGGCCUUAUUUCAGGCAUCAGGAACCUGUUGACUUCCUGAUAAGAGCACUACAAGUGCUAUAAUGCUAAUUAAUUUAUGGGUUUUCAGACUCUUUCCUGCACCACUGUAUUUAAGAGCUCUGCAUUAGGGUACAGCAGCACCUUAGCAUGAAAAGGAAAAAGGAAGUUAUAACAGUUUAAACCAAGCUUAACUUAAGUGUAAAGAAAUGGAGCUGCCUCUGCCUCUCUGCCUCUCUCACUCAGUCACUCAGUUCUCUUUUAAAAAUACUUUGUAAACUUCACUAUUGAGCUUGCAGCAGCUGACUAUUGGCAAAAAUAGUGUGUGGGUGUGCAUAUGGUGUGUGCAUUCUAGGUCAGGCAUGCUUUGAACUCAUUGUGUGAGCAGUAUACCAGAAUUAAAUUAGAGCAAGAUGGAGCAUGAGAUAAGGUGAUACUCUGAUUGUUUUUUUGUUUUUAAUACUUUUUUAAAUCCACUCUGCCUUCCGCCCACACUCUGCUCCACUCAACUCACAUGGUCUGGUGCAUUUCAAAUAGAAACAAAUUAACAGCCAGCAACACUAAAUAGCUUUAACUAUAGUAAACUAAGUUGUGUGCAGAAGGUUUACCAACAUUGAAAUCAGCUGUGUGGCACCAGGUGAAACACUCCCAGUGUGGUACUGGCAGAGCACACUGAAAAAAUGCCUUUCUCUUUCACAAGUGAUCAUUAUUUUAGAAUUUGAUAAGGACAUUUUAAAAUAAAGAAAUCGACCAAGCAAUCUCGUACCCUGUGGUUUUCCAUUUGCAUACAAGAUUCCACCACAGUUCAAACCACUGUCCAAAGC